UCCCAGCCCCUCCCUUCGGUACCACCCGGCGGCUCCGAUCUACUACUGUGGCCAUGCCAGAGCAGGCCAUCUCCUUCGCCAAGGACUUCCUUGUGAGUGUCGUCUCUGUGGCCAUCAGCAAAACGGCAGUGGCUCCCAUCGAGCGGAUCAAGCUCUUGCUUCAGGUGCAACGUGCAAGUAAACAAAUUGCUGUUGAUCAACAAUACAAAGGAAUCAUUGAUUGUGUUGUCCGCAUUCCCAAAGAGCAAGGAAUAUUGUCCUUCUGGCGUGGAAAUUUAGCCAAUGUUAUGAGAUACUUCCCAACUCAGGCACUCAACUUUGCCUUCAAGGAUAAGUAUAAGCAAGUGUUUUUAGGAGUAGACAAGCACACACAGUUCUGGAGAUAUUUUGCUGGUAACCUGGCCUCGGUUGGUGCAGCUGGAGCUACCACCCUCUGCUUUGUCUAUCCUUUGGAUUUCGUGAGAACCUGCUUGGCAGCUGAUGUUGGAAAAUCUGGUGCUGACAGGGAAUUCACAGGGCUGGGAAAUUGCCUCAUCAAAAUCUUCAGGUCUGAUGGCCUGCGUGGCUUAUAUCGAGGCUUCAAUGUCUCUGUCCAGGGCAUAAUCAUCUAUAGAGCUGCUUAUUUUGGAAUCUAUGAUACAGCAAAAGGUAUGUUGCCAGAUCCUAGGAAUACUCAUAUGGUGAUAAACUGGAUGAUUGCACAAACAGUGACUUCAGUAGCUGGCAUGGUCUCCUAUCUCAGUUUCUGA